ACAAAAUGGGGCGCUCGUCGAGAAAGUGGGCGGAGAAGAUUUCUGCAGUGGCUUCUCGUGUGUAUUUCUUCGCGAUCAUUCUACAAAUUCCCCUAUUCAGAUUCCCAUGUAGAAUGGGUACGUGUGAAACGCCGAUAGAAGUAAUGGCAUGCCAACUGAUAGCCAGUGGAAUUUCCCCUGAGUUAGUUCUGAAGGCCCUACUCUUUCCCGGAGCCAUUAGAAGAUUAUUUACUCAGGGCACAGCCAUUCCAAGCCCCGGACAGCUUCUGAAUUCUUACAAGUCGAAGAUAAGGGAUGCAAAUGCCCCAUCCGAUCCCAGGCACUUAGAGGUAGUUAUCGGAAGCUACCUCUGUGUUGCCGGAGCUCUUGUAGGUUUGAUAAAACAUGGAAGAAUUGGCUUAUUCGGUUUGCUUCUCGUCCUAUGGGGCAUUGCAAGGGAAAUAUUGACUCGAAAACAUGCAUAUGAUCAUAGUAAAACUCUAAGCAUAUAUCCAGAAAUGAUUGUCACUCUUAUAAUAGCCUUCUUUUCUGUGAGAAGAGAUGUAAGAAAGCUUAUGAGAAUUUGUAAACCCGACACCAUUCUUGAAUGGCUCAAGCCCAAACACAUUUGAGCUUAUUCCAAUCAUAUGCUGAUUAGUGCUGAUUUUGUUAUUUUGUUAUCUUUGUUCAAUAUGGUAAAUUCAGAUUUGAAAUAUGUUGUUUUCGUAAACUUUUGUUUAUGUA